GCCACCACGCUAGCCCGCGCGCAGGCGAACCUGCACGAGACGCGCGGGCGGCUUGCAGUUGCCCGAGGCGGCCUCGGCUAGUCUCGGGCCGCGGGCCCGGGGCAGAGCGCCCGCCCCUUCCGGGCUCGGCCAAUCAGCGCGUGCGGCCGGCUUAGCGGGGGCCGCCCGCGCGCGGGGUGUGUGAGGACGCGCUCCCUGUCGCUGAGUGCCUGAGCCCAGGAGCAGUGGCUGUGGUACCUGCUGCUGCCGCCCGUGCGGACGCAGAGCAUCGGACGCGAACGCUGUUGCGUGGGGCAGGAAGGUGAAGCCAUGACGGCCAUCAGUGAAAAUAUUCUCUUUGGACUGGGAAAUCCUCUUCUUGACAUCACUGCUGUGGUGGAUAAGGAUUUCCUUGAUAAGUAUUCUCUUAAACUGAAUGACCAAAUCUUGGCUGAAGAGAAACACAAGGAACUGUUUGAUGAACUUGUAAAAAAAUUCAAAGUUGAAUAUCAUGCUGGUGGCUCUACCCAGAAUUCAAUUAAAGUGGCCCAGUGGAUGAUUCAGCAGCCACACAAAGCAGCAACAUUUUUUGGAUGCAUCGGGAUAGAUAAAUUUGGGGAGAUCCUGAAGAAAAAAGCUGCCGAAGCCCAUGUGGACGCUCAUUACUAUGAACAGAAUGAGCAGCCAACAGGAACUUGUGCUGCAUGCAUCACUGGUGGCAACAGAUCCCUUGUAGCUAAUCUUGCUGCUGCCAAUUGUUAUAAAAAGGAAAAUCAUCUUGAUAUGGAGAAAAACUGGAUGUUGGUAGACAAAGCAAGAGUUUAUUAUAUAGCAGGUUUUUUUCUCACAGUUUCCCCAGAGUCAGUUUUAAAAGUGGCUCACCAUGCUUCUGAAAACAACAGAAUUUUCACUUUGAAUCUGUCUGCACCAUUUAUUAGUCAGUUCUACAAGGAAUCAUUGAUGAAAGUUAUGCCUUAUGUUGACAUACUCUUUGGAAAUGAGACGGAAGCUGCCACUUUUGCUAGAGAGCAAGGCUUUGAGACUGAAGACAUUAAAGAAAUAGCCAAAAAGACCCAGGCCCUUCCAAAGGUGAACUCAGAGAGGCAGCGAAUCGUGGUUUUCACCCAAGGGAGAGAUGACACCAUACUGGCUACAGAAAGUGAAGUCACCGCUUUUGCUGUCUUGGAUCAAGACCAGAAAGAAAUUGUUGAUACCAAUGGAGCUGGAGAUGCAUUUGUUGGAGGUUUUCUGUCUCAGCUGGUCUCUGACAAGCCCCUGACUGAAUGCAUCCGUGCUGGCCACUAUGCAGCAAGUGUCAUAAUUAGGAGGACUGGCUGCACCUUUCCUGAGAAGCCAGACUUCCACUGAUGAAAAAGCAGGAAACCGCAGCCCAGGAGUACAGACACUGCCCUGAUGGCUUCCUGAGAAUUCCCAUAUUAAUAAAGAAGAAAAUUAAAUGCUACCUUUCCUACUAUAAUAAUGUUCAUCUUAAUUUAGAGGGUACAGUAGUACGCACUAGAAUCUUUAUUCUCUCAACAACCUAAAAUCGGAGGUUUAUUUCCAUAGUUUGAUAGUGCCACUUAAAUGUCAAUUAAACAGGAAUAUAACAUUUCAAUAGAAAUUUUGUUUCAUUUUUAUUACUUUGUAAAUUCAUGUGUACUUAGUAAAGUGAUCAUUUUUUUACAUUUCUGCUUUGAAUGCAGACGCAAUUUAAUAUGAUAGAUUUUUUUAAGGAAUUAAAGAUAAUAUCAGUAUAUAAAUCUUUAGCUUUUAUACAAGUAUAUUUAAUUCAGAAGUGUGUGUACACAUAUAUACACACAUAUGUUCAUAUACGUACCACGUAUAUACAUGAUAAAUGGUUAAAUAAGGUACAGAAAUAUUUGUCUUGCCAAGUUAUGCCAAGUAAUUUCUUCAGUGUGUACUCAAACAUGUAAUAAACUUUGGAUAAUUAAAUAAUUUGCCAAAUUAUAAGCUAUAUUAAAUAUUCAAGUCAUAAUCUUAUAUUUACUUAUGGUACUCUGUAAUUUGAUACAAAUAAAAACUUGUCAUAUGGGACUUUU